UUAGGUUAUGUUCAUUAAAGUGUCAGCUGUAUGCCGCUAUCGACGUAACAAGACAGUGUUUCUUACAUUUUACAAUAAACUGUGAUAAAAAUGUUUUCAAUCGACGCUCCCGUGGAAAUACAAAAUUCAGAAUAUUGCAACUACAGGUCCCCAUUGAGCACCAGAUAUGCUUCCAAGGAAAUGCAAUAUAACUUUAGCGACCAGAAAAAGUUUUCGACCUGGAGAAAGCUGUGGAUUUAUUUGGCGAAAGCUGAAAAGGAGCUGGGUCUUGACAUCACCGACGAUCAGAUUGCCGAGCUAGAAGCAGCUAUCCACGACAUCGACUUCGAAGCUGCAGCAGCUCACGAGAAGAAAGUCCGCCAUGACGUCAUGGCUCAUGUCCAUACCUUAGCCGAGAGGUGUCCUAAAGCUGCUCCUAUUAUACACCUGGGAGCUACCUCGUGUUAUGUGGGAGACAAUACUGAUCUUAUCGUGUUGAGACAUGGACUGGAUUUGUUGCUGCCAAGGUUGGGCGCCAUUAUCAGCCAGCUUGCGAAGUUCGCUGAUGAAUAUAAAUCACUCCCAAUGCUCGGUUUCACCCAUCUGCAACCGGCGCAGCUGACAACUGUCGGAAAGAGGGCGUCCCUCUGGCUGAGCGACUUGCUCAUGGACGAGCGAGCCCUCUCCCGGGCUAGAGACGAUCUCCGUUUCCGCGGAGUCAAGGGCACCACAGGUACUCAAGCCUCCUUCCUCCAACUUUUUAAAGGAGACAAUGAAAAAGUCCGAGCUCUCGACCAGAGAGUUGCUGAACUUGCAGGAUUUAACAAACGCUACAUUGUCACUGGACAAACAUACUCCAGAAAGGUUGACUUGGAAGUCAUUGCUGCUUUAUCUGGAUUGGGAGCUACCAUCCACAAGAUGUGCUCUGACAUACGUCUAUUGGCCUCACGUAAAGAGCUGGAAGAGCCAUUCGAAGCUUCCCAAAUCGGUUCGAGUGCUAUGCCCUACAAGAGGAACCCGAUGAGGUCUGAACGCUGCUGCGCCCUCGCUCGCCACCUCAUUACAUUACACGCGAAUGCAGCUAACACCCACGCCGUUCAAUGGUUAGAGCGUACCCUGGACGAUUCUGCAAACAGACGCAUCACGCUCGCUGAAGGCUUCCUAACAGCUGAUGCGGCUUUGUUGACCCUGCUUAACAUUUGCCAAGGACUGGUUGUCUACCCUAAAGUUAUUGAGCGUCAUAUCGCACAGGAGCUGCCUUUCAUGGCAACUGAAAACAUUAUCAUGGCUAUGGUUCAGGCUGGCGGUGAUCGCCAAGUUUGUCACGAGAAAAUUAGAGUUCUCUCUCACGAAGCAGGCGCUCAAGUGAAACAACACGGCAAAGAUAAUGACUUGAUCGAGCGCGUGAAGAAAGACAGCUACUUUGCUCCUAUUAUAUCGCAAUUGGACAAAAUCUUGGAUGCAUCUACGUUCAUUGGCAGGGCUCCUGAACAAGUUACGGAGUUCAUUGAAGAGGAGGUCAACCCCAUUAUUGCCAAGUACAAACAUGCUUUGGCUGAAGUUGGAAAGCCUGUUGCUUUGAUGAUUUAAACUGUUGCAUUUAUUUUAUUAUUAUUAAUUUGACGUGUAUUAAACAUACUAUUAAAUGGAAACAAAUGUUCAUUGAAUAAAAUCAUAUAUUUACAAA